CCACUCUCACCGGCCGUUUCAUGCAGCCGCAGUCCAUGUCGAACGCAUCUUAUGUGUGCUUACUGUGGCGCUGAUGGACACGUUGUCUUUGAUCGCUCUAAUACAUUUUGCUGCGAAAACGAACAGUUUGUGGUGUUGUUAAACGUGUGAUAAACGCGAAUUAAGUGAACGGAUGUGUUGGGCAGCCGCAAAGAUAUUAGACCCAUGCAAGUGGACCACAAAGUGCAACAUGUCGAGAAUGGCUGGUAUAGACAAAAAUAAAGACAAUAUAAAAAGACAAUAGGCUAUAUAAAGUCAAUAUAAAGUGGAAACUUCAUACUCAAAAGAGGGGUGAGGACCUGUAGUUACACAUCAAUAAAUAAACACUUUUACUGAUAAUGCAAAUGGAGGAAAAGUAAAAUCUCUUAUAGAACUGUGAAGAUGAUUUACCCAUGAUUAUCAGUUAUCACCAAAUAGCAUUGCGGACAUGUUUUUUAUUUUUAUGAUGGUUGAAUUCUCCAUAUAUGUAAUCUCCGAUGUAGGCCUACACAACAUCUUAAUCUGGUUGCGUCAUACCAUCUUAAUUUGGUCGCAUUAUACCUUAAACUGGUGACAUCCCAACAUCUUAAUCUGGUGGCAUUACAUCUUAAUCUGGUGACAUAAUAACAUUAACAGAAUAUCGGAAAAAAAUGUUUUGAAACAUACAAAAUGUAAGUACAGAAUACUGUAUGAUUUCACGUUAUUACAGACCGACUGACACCAGUCUCCAUGUCUGGUCCUGGUUCAGUUAGACCACCGGAUUUGAGACUGGAUGUCACAAUAAAAAGAUCUUAGAGGAUGACCUCUGGCGGCCGGUGGAGGUACUGGAGACCCUCCGCCGCUAGCCUUGGUCCUGUAUUGACGUCAUCUCUUAGAAUUAGAUUCUCCAAACAUGGCGACUGCAAGGAUGCGAGCGGUCCAUCGCGCCUCGGUACUAUUUGCCGUUGUAUUCGCCGUGUUACCCUCAACUACCGGCGAAGAACAGGUGCCUCUGAUGCUUUGGAGGAGUGAAGGCAGGUCUGCUGCCCCGCUCCUGGCCCUUCCCCCAGCAGGUCACAUUGUGGGCAGCGCUCAGCUGGGCUCUUACCUCGAGACGGCCCUGAACUCCUCCCCUCGUAACCUCCUCCUCUUCCUUCAGGACAAGCUGAGUGUGGAGGACUUCACUGUGUAUGGAGGAGCCUUCGGCAACAAGCAGGACAGUGCCUUUCCUAACCUGGAGAAGGCGCUGCUGUCGUGUUCCUCCCCUCUUGUGCUUCCUGCCGUGUCCGGACUCGCCUCCAGCGCUGUGAUUGGUCAGCUGCAGGACCAGUUGGAGACCUCUCCUCUCUACAUGGACGCUGACACUCUGGCCCAGCUCCGCCUCAACGCCUCCAACCCCGCGCUGCUGGUGUUCAGACUGCCCUACAGCGUUGGGGUAGACCUGAUGUCAAUGAAGGACGUGCUCAGUGGGAACGAUGAGGUGAUUGGUCAGGUGAUGAGCAUAAUGAAGGCCCAGUCUGUCCCCUACACUGCCAUCUACACCGCCCUCCGACCCUCACGGGAAGUGUCCUCUGUGGUGUUGGAGGCGGGUCUGGGCGGGGGUCGUUCUCUACUGCAGGCACGAGGCUACGGGAGAGACCGCAACAGGAACAGGGAGAAAGAGAGGGAGAGGGAGAGAGAGAGGCCUGGGCUUUACCCUCCUGUGGAGUACAAGGAAGACGGAUCAAGCUGCAUCCUGUUGUGGGCGGGGAACCUGUCGGUCAGCAUCCUGCGGAGCGGCCGCUGGGAGGGGCAUGACCUCACCCCCACCACCUUCGGAGAGGGCGUCACCCCCAGGCUCCAGGGUUCGUCCUGUGACAAGUCAACCUCAAGACUGGUGUUGAACUACGAGAACGUCCUCGGACAUCGCUCCUUCAAGCUGAUGUUCAUCAUGAAGCAGAGGCACUUCCCGGUGUCUGCACGGCGCUGGUUCACCCUGGACACGGUGGAGCUAGAGUAUGACGGCACCAGGGCCACAUUUAACGGCAGCCGCCACAUCUAUGCACCGGCAGAAUACUCAUACCGGUGUGAGUACGUCCGGAGCUCCAGCUACCCUGCACUGGUCCCGCGCUCUGACAAGGACCCCGCCAACCAGUGGAGGGUGUACUUCCAGGACUUCCAGAUCCAGGGCUUCAACGUUACGGGCAGUGACUUCUCCUACGCCAGUGACUGUGCCGGCUUCUUCAGCCCAGGGAUCUGGAUGGGGCUGCUGACCAGCCUCCUCAUGGUCCUAGUGCUCACCUACGGCCUACACAUGAUCAUGCAGCUGCAAACAAUGGACCGCUUCGAUGACCCCAAGGGCCCCGCCAUCUCUGUCCCCCAGACAGACUAACAUACACAUACACACACACACACAACACACACACAACCAUCUCUGUCCCCCAGACAGACUAACACACACACACA